ACGUAAAUGAGUUACGAUUCUGUGCGUAUUGUUAUCAGCAUUCAACAAAUAUAAAUUUGAGUUGUUUUGAAUUCUUAAAUUCCGGGAGUUGGAAUAAAAUUUUCGCUUACAUGAAAAAAAUUGAUCAGAAUCUAUCUUUUCAUAACUGAACGAAAGCAGAAUGAAUUCCAGUUCGAAUAUUAAAAGAAGAAAAAGGGAUGCAAGUAUGGAACAUUUUCCAAAUGUCCUGGUGAAUGCAUCAGAGUUUAUAAAAGGUCGAUUUUAUUUUGUGUCCUUAAACACCUCAGUUAAACCAAAGUCAGGCACAACGACACAUUAUUUCUCGGUUGAUAAUGAAUUCAGAUACGAAAAAUUCUACAAAGAUUUUGGUCCUCUCAAUUUAUCCAUGCUUUAUCAUUACUGCGUUAAAGUGGAAAAAAAAUUGAACAGUGUCAGCCAUCAGAAUAAAAAGAUUGUUCAUUAUACUGGACCUGUGGAGGAAGAUAGAGUCAAUGCAGCAUUUCUCAUUGGCUGUUACUCGAUUAUAUACUUAAAGUUAGACCCAGUACAGGCUCAUGCUUUAUUAAUGAGAGAAACCAAAAAACCUUACAUCCAAUUUCGUGAUGCAUCUUGUGGAGAGCCAUAUAAUUUGUCCCUAUUGGAAUGUUUGAAAGCAGUAAAGAAGGCCCAUGAUUUGAACUUUUUCAACUUUGAUGAUUUCGAUUUCAAUGAGUAUGAAUAUUAUGAGAAAGUGGAGAAUGGAGACUUGAAUUGGAUUUUACCUAAAAAAUUCAUCGCAUUCUGUGGACCCCACCAAAAGGCAAAAUUCAACAAUGGAUACUACGUUCAUUCUCCAGAAACAUACUUUGGAUAUUUCAGAAGAAAUAACGUUACCACUAUUGUACGUUUGAAUUAUGGAGUUUACGAGGCUGCUAAGUUUGUUCUAGCUGGAUUUGAACAUAAAGAUCUGUAUUUCGUUGAUGGGGGUACACCUAAUGAUAGAAUAAUGGAAGUUUUUCUAAAGAUAGCAGAAGAGACCGAAGGAGCUGUUGCUGUUCAUUGCAAGGCUGGUCUGGGAAGGACAGGAACAAUGAUAGCCUGUUACCUCAUCAAACAUUACAAGUUUACAGCAGAUGAAGCCAUUGCUUGGAUAAGAAUUUGUCGACCUGGCUCUGUUAUUGGUCAUCAACAAUCUUGGCUACAUGACAAAGAACAUGACCUUUUAGCAGCAGGGGAAAUUUUCAGGAAGAUGAAAGGAAUAAUCGGCAUAUCAAAGCAGGAAACUCCUAUUUAUUCAAUGAGUGAAGUGAAGAAGAGUAAUUAUAAUGUCAGCAGAAUUAUGAAGAGAGUUGAUACAAUGGAGAUAACUGAUCGUAAUGAUAAUUACACCCUUCAAGAAAAAACACAAGGGGAUAAACUGAAUGAAAUCAAGGCUCAAAGAUUGAGAAGUAAACCUGUCAUCACAAGUUUAUACGAUUCACAUCUCAAGAAUAAAGUCUUGAAUGGAACUUCAACAAACACAAGAGCUAGUAGAGUGCUGAAUGCAACUCAGUCCAAAGUAGGCAGCACUACAAGGCACCUCUCCAAAAGAGUUCGAAAAGAGACUAGGAAGACUGUAGCUCGUCAAAUAAAUCUUUCCAAUUCAAGGGAAAAGAAGGUGAAGUGACAUGGCACCUUAUGCAACUAAUUUUCCAACCUCUGUUAAAAAAUAUAACUGUAUGUAUGUAUCUAUAUGUUGCUCAUGAGUGGUUGACUCGAUCUGUUUUUGUUGGUUAUUUCGAACGCUAGUGUUCUUAUGGCUUUUUUCAAUGAAAAUCGUUAUAGCCACAUAACCUGAUUUCCAGCACAACUCUACAAUGCAAUGGGCCAAUGUUAUAAAUGUAUAGUUUUCCAUGUCGAAAGAUUUUCUGCAAUAUGUCAAGAUGUCUUGUUGAACAUUGAAACAUUUAUUAGAGUAUUAUAUCUAAUGUUUAAUAGUGGUUUUGCUGUAAAUACCUGUUGAAAUAUUUUAAGUUAAUUAUGUCAAAGUUUAGUAUUUAUAACUCUAGAGUUAUUUUAAUUACGAGAUACUGUUAUGUCUCUAUGAAAAGUAUUUUUCAUAAAUUUUAGAGUUUAUCGUC